AUUUGUACAAUACACAUGACUUUCACGCCGGGUCCAUUUGGUUAAGAGGAGCAAUGGGGUCUAAUAGUGUGAUUUUUUCAAUUCUAUUUAUUAAAUUAAUUUGUCUUCUGUAUUACUCAUCAGCAAAUGAAGUCCUUGGCUGCGGAGGCUUUAUAAAAAGUCAUGCAGAUAUUGAUUUCUCCAAAGUAGAAGUUAAACUACUAACCAAGCAAGGCUCACUGAAAGAUAAAACUGACUGUUCGCCUUCGAAUGGUUAUUAUUUUCUGCCCAUUUAUGAUAAAGGGGAAUAUUUGUUGCGAGUCUCGCCACCUCCGGGAUGGAGCUUUGAGCCGGAGCAAGUGGAACUUAGCUUUGAUGGAAAAAUGGACUUGUGUAGUCAAGGCAAAGAUGUAAACUUCGCGUUCAAAGGUUUUGGUAUUACAGGCAAAGUAGCGCUAGCUGGUCAUAGCAAUAGUGGUGCACAUGGCGUAGAUAUAGUACUGAAUUCCGAAAAUGGUGGCGAGCAACGUCGUACUACUACCGAUAUAAAUGGCGUAUUUUCAUUCACUCCCAUAAUACCUGGAAGAUACACAUUGCGUGCAACACAUCCUCGAUGGCAUUUUUCAAAAUCGGAACACACUGUUUUAGUAGAAAGCGGCAACACAGAACUGCCAAAGAAUUCUUUGGUCGUUGGAGGUUUUGAUGUACUUGGACAUUUUGACAGUAAUGGUCAAUUAACAUCAGGCGUUGGAAUAGCAAUAUUCAAGAAGAAAGGGCAAACUCUUCCACUACUUUGUCAAAAAAGUGCUCCUGUUGCAUUGACCAUUUACAAUGCUGAUUAUGAAACAGAUUCGGUAUGCUAUACCUUAGUAGAUAAAAUCGGCAAUUAUGUUUUUAAAGGCGUACCACCAGGCAGGUAUUUGGUUCAGCCAAUUAUUGAAAACCCCAAAUACAAAUUACAUAUUACGCCUGCAUUCCUAGAGUUAGACGUAAAAAAAGAUAAUGUCGAAUUAAAUAAUGAAUUUAAAAUUACUGGUUUCAGUGUAACUGGCAACGUUCUUAAAUCGAUUGGUGGGGUUCCAAUUGAAGGUGCUAUAGUUAAACUGGAUGGUAAAAUUAUAACAAAAACGAAUGCUGAUGGCAGUUACACGAUGGAAAAUAUGAAAUCGGGAAACUAUAAACUCCACGUGGAAUACCCGAAACUCAAAUUUGAUGAAAUUGAAGUGAAUUUACAAAUAACUACAUCAAGUAUUGCAGAUUUAGUGCCUGUUGCCUACGAAGUCUGUGGAAAAGUAGUGUCCCAAAAAUCAUACGUUGUAGGAAUUACGAAGCACGUAUCCAGUUUCCACACCACCGUGUCAAGUAAGGCCGAAACUGGAGAAUGGUGCACAUUCUUAACAAGUGGAAAAUUCAAUAUCGAAGUUCUAACGACUGAUGCUGAUAAAACAAGCGGUGUACAAUUUUUCCCAGUGCAACAACAAAUAGAAGUGCAGUCCGAACCAUUGAGGGACAUAAUAUUCUCACAAUUGCGUGCAACAUUAACAGGAGAACUUAAAUGCCUUCCAGAUGCACCUCCGGUUUGUACGGAAGUCUUGGUUACGCUGCGUUCAUUAGACGCAGUGGGUCAACCUACAGGGCAGAAGCAAAGUGUGAAUGCGAACGGUGGAAAAUACUUAUUCAAAGAUCUACUUCCGGGCCCGUAUGAGCUAACCAUACCUCAAUUAAAUAUGUGUUUUGAUUCUACUACUGCUUUCAUCAAUAUUGCUAGCGCUAGUGAAACUGCGCCGCCUUUCAUUCAACGUGGCUAUGAGGUUUCUAUAAUAUCAAGCCACCGCGCUAUUAUGAAAUACAGUUAUAUCAGUCCUACAGGAGCUGUUGAGCAACAGCAACCUUCAGUUGAAACUCUCAAAUUGCUUGCAGGUGUAAAUACUUUUUGUGUGCCUACAUUUGGCACAUAUAAAAUUAAACUAGAAGGUUGUCACAUUUAUGACGAGAGUCUACCGAAAACAUUUAGCACAACUGAUGGUAGUCCAAUAAUUAUCACUGCGAUUGCCCAUAAAAUAGGAGUGAGAGUACUAUCUACGGAUCCGUCAACUGAUAAUCUACGUUUCGUAGUGGAAUCCAAAUCCUUGGGUAAGCAAGUGAUCACUCCAACUGCUGAAGCACAUAAGGUAGAUGGAAAUUAUGCUUUCCGUUACGAUACCCAUUUGCAACCUGAGGAAAUAUUGCACAUUAAACCGCAAAGUGAUAUCUUACUUUUCUCGCCUCAAACGAAAGAGUUAAAGGGUGGUAACGAUUGCGUGGACAUUGCAUUCAAUUUUAUUGCUACACGAGGUUUGAUUUUAAAAGGUAGAGUGGUGCCGCCCAUAAAGGAUGCUACGGUUACACUAAGCUAUCCUCAUAAUCAAGAACUGAACGCGCAAACUAUUCACACAGAUAUUAAUGGUGAAUUUAAAUUUGGUCCUAUCGAUGAGAAUCUUGUAUAUGAGUUGAAAGCAGAAAAGGAAUCGUAUGUUUUCUCUCAAUACAACCGGCACUCGGCUUCUUUCAGUGCGAUUAAAUUAUGUGAGAUUAUUGUGAAAGUCAAAGAUGAAGAGGGUAAAACUUUGAGUGGUGUUCUACUAUCUUUAAGUGGAGCUGAAAGCUAUCGUAGAAAUUUGGUAACUGGGGAAGGACCUAUAAAUUUCCAUUCACUUUCCCCAUCGCAAUAUUUUUUGCGGCCCAUGAUGAAAGAGUAUAAGUUCGAACCCAGCUCGAAAAUUAUAGAUAUUAAAAAUGGGGAAACUGUCGAGGUGGAGCUAAUCGGAAAGCGUGUGGCUUACUCCGUUUUUGGAUCCAUAAACUCGUUAAAUGGUGAACCCUUCGCGCAAGUAAAUAUCGAAGCCUCCACCGACGAAGGUUGCCAACAUCAUCAGGAAGAAGCAGCGAGCGAAAAUAACGGUCAAUAUCGUUUGCGAGGCCUGCAACCUGGAUGCAGUUAUGUUGUAAAGCUUAAAGAUGCUGGAGCACCUGGUUCAAAUGUUGGGCGCGCAAUUCCAGAUUCACGAACUAUUAAAAUAGAGCAAAAUGAUGUGCGUGGUGUUAAUCUUAUUGCCAUAAGUCCAAUUUCAUUUGUCGAUGUAAUAGCACGAGUUUCAGCUACGCUGAAUGAUCACUAUAAAUCUUUACGUAUCGUUAUGUAUCGUAAGGGAGCCUCCGAAUCGCCAAUCUACUCGCAACGUGUCGAAACUCCUUUAAAUCUAAAAUCGAACUACAAUCCUGGCAUUAUGGUGUUCCUCCCCCGCAUACCUCUUGAUGGUAAAAGCUAUGUAGUUGAGCUGAAGUCUACGCUUUCCGACAAGACUUACACUUAUAUUCUACCCUCGGAAACAUUUGUUGCAGACACCAGUUCGGUAUAUAUUCAGUUGGACUUAAAAUCCGAAGUCCGCACACUUGAAGCGGAUCUCAAUCAAAACUCAAUUUCAGCACUAAUUUUAGUGGCUUUAAUAUCAAUUGCGUUCUUCAAGCAAGACAUUGCAAUGGACUUCCUUAACUUUAUAUGGAGUAAAGUAAAUGGCAUUAUACACGACAUUGCGCAAAAGCAGAAGCAUAAUAGCAAAAAGGAAACCCGCAAUGCAGAACCUAUCAAUCAAAAGAAAAUAGAAAAAAUGGCUGAACAAAUAAAUGCCGUUACAAAGAAAAAGACCAAGAAAAUUUAGAUAUUAACCGAGCUUGUGAGUUGGAAAAACAUAUUUUUUAGCAAAUAGUGAAAAUGAUACGUGGUUCUUACAUGUAAGAAAAGUAAUAGAAAAUGCUGUACAAGAAAGAAAAUUUAGUAUUAAAUUUUUAUUAAUUUUAAGAAAAUGUAAAAUUUUUAUCUAAAAUAAAUAAAAUCACAUCCAACCGAAGUAAA